AUGGAUCAGUCUUACUCGGGGAUCGCUGUGCUACGCCUGAGAAACUUGGCGCUCUCGACGGUUGCCUUCUGCCACUUUGCGGCUGUCCUCUGCCAUUCUCCUCUCCAGCAUGCAUACGCUAGGCUCCUCCAUCGCCUCAACUAUCCAGGCUCUUCCGCGCAUAUUGCCCUUCUAGACAGCAGCUUGAGCUGGCCAGAGAAAGCCGCAGCGGCACGGGAAACACCUCCCGCUUUCCCGGUGGCACAUCCGGAGAAUCCUUUCGUGCAGAAAACUCAGCUCGAAAGCGGUCUUCUGCCACCGUUUUCACUGGCAGGCGCGCACACGCUUCUCGAUAUUUCCGAGUCGACGCAGGAGACAUCGCACCAAAGCAGUGUGGCCGCGCCUGAGAGCCCCGUGUUUGAUGCCAGGGUACAGGCGGGUCUGCAGCUGCCCAAAUUGGGCCGUGUCGCAACCCACUCGAGGAAUGCGGGCAAGCGACGUGCGCAUGCGGCCUCCCUCUACUGGGGACUGGUCAGGGGCACAGACCUGGCAGAACACCAUGGCGAAAUAUCGCUGGGCGGCAGCCCCAGCUUUGCGCACCUUGACACCGAAAAGACGUCGCUGCUGCCUUCCGACGCAGGACAGGUUUCUUCAGGUGACGAUGAUGCUUUCCCUACCCUGGCUGCUGCAACGUACGCGGCGGAGUCGCCCCAGCUGCCUCUCUCCCCUGCCCCAUCUGCCUCGGCGCCCUCCCAGCUGACCGCUUCCGGCGGUCAGCAUCUUUCCGUUGACCAGCCGCCUGCCAGUGCGGAGGAACCUUCCGCCGGCAUCGCACUGGAUGAGACCCUGAAGGACCCGGCGAAGGCAGAUAAGAUGCUUGACAGGUUUCUGUACCACCUCAAAGACGUUGUCGCCGCGCAGGCGCUACAGGUGAAGGCGAGCGCAGGAGAUCUUUCGCUGAAAAGUGACCAAGUGAAUAUGGGAACGAGCCUGCAGACUUUCUGCAACAAGCUGAAGGCACGCCACCUCAAUCCUGCGAGGACGAAGCCUUCGCGGCUAAGCCGAGCCUUCCAUAGACUGGGGCGAGCAUUCGGUGCGGUCAAACGUGGCGUUGCUGUCGCAAAAACCAAGAUCUCCAAGUGGGUGAAACUUCAGCAAGGUGCCGCUAAAAGCAAGGCGCGACGCGAGUCAAAGGCUUACGCUGUACUGAAACGCAUGGGAUCUCGCGCUUGGGCCUACACCAAAAACUUCGGCAAGAGGGUGAUUGCAGAAACCAUGCGGAUGCUGCCACUUUUCUUCUUCACCCUAAAUGUGAUCGUGCUGGGAUUGUCCGUCUCCAGCGUAGCUGUUUUCCCGAACGUAUUCAGCAUAAUUGCUGUCAUUUGCUCAGUCAGCAGCAUUUUGUCUUUCGCAUUUUCCGAAGGGACCAAAAUACGGGGAGUCGACUUGACCCGUUCCAUUGCUGUCAAGUCUGAGUCUCAGCAGACCGCGCUGUUCGGCCUCGUGUGGGCAGACUUGAAGGCUGAACAGGAGGCAGCGGAUUUGGCGCAGGUGCCUGGGGGAGAGGCUGCGCCAUCCGCCGGAGAUGGUAAAGAUCCAAGCACCAAUGAUAUCGAAGCGAUCAAAAUGUCCCAGGAAAUGGACAGAGACCACACUGCAGUGGAGGAGGCACCAGGGACUCCUGGGUCGCAGACGCUCUCAGAGGUUCGCGCAAAAAUGUAUCGAAAUUUGAUGGCGAACAGUGAAAAGGAGCUUCGCCAGAAGCUGAAGAGUGAAAUUGUGGAGACCUGGAAACACCGCCGAUGGAAAGGAGUAAAUCGGAUUCUGCUUUCCUCGCUUCGCCUGCUACUGGAAUACGCAAACUUGGGGGUGAAAAGUGUUCUGGCGCUUUUUGGGUCUGCAUGGCUCUGGGUCCUGGAUCAUGCUUUACGGAAGUCGAUACGGCAACUCCGCAUGUUCAAGCUGUUCGGCAGAGUAUCGGGAUACGGAGAGAAAAUCUACUACUUUAUGCAAUGGUGGAUGAUGAAAGCCCGGCAUUAUAUAGAAUACACAGAUACAAUCCGAGACCUCACCGUCUUCAUUGUCGAGAACUCUUCUCGGAUCGGUUUGAUGGUUCACGGCGGCUUGUCAAUGAUGGGCGGCGCAGGAGGUCUAAUCUUUCUGUGCCUCUUUCUGUGGAAGCUGUCCAAGCCGCUUUGGAAAUUAUAUCUUACGGACGCAGCACUGAAGACGUCAGCGAUCCACGAAAAAGCAGUCACGGAGUUUAUGAUGUGCCAGCGAGAUUACCACAAUUUCCUUGUUGGCACGCGAGCUCUUAUCGGCGACGAAACUAGUACUCCCGCUCUCGAGCUGCACUUACCGGAACACCAAGCCACCGAGCUCAUCUUCCUGAUGGCUUACCUCGAGAGGUACAAGUUUCCUCAGGCGGCGACCAGGGUGGGCUUGCUGGAAGGCACUGACCCCAUGCAGCAGUAUCUCGCCUAUGAGCGGGUGGCUCGCCUGAAGGAGCUUGUGUCCCAGAUACCGCCAGACUCUCGGGAUCAGUUCCUGGGUCUGUUCUCGGAUCUCAAGCGAUGGGACGUGACCACGACUUCCAACUCCCUGCACGCCCUCGUGGCCAACAACCUCCAGCACUGCGCUCUUCUCUAUGGCCGAAGAGAGUUAGCGACCCUGAUUCGAAGAUCGAUUAAGGAUUUGCAAACUGCAGGUCAAGUACAGGGGCCGACGAAUGGAUGGAUCCGCUUUAGCUCCUCUGAACGGAAGUCUCUCGCAAACGUGGCGUCCUUCCUUCUCUCUCAUGAUACAAGGGUUGUGGCGAAUCCAGCCCUCCUCCAACGCCGAAUCCAAGCCUACCUUACACCUUCCAAAAAAGCAAGGAUUAACCACGCACAACUCACGUGGCUUGCGAAUACCAUUAUAACCUGCGCGUACAAAGUCAUUGAAAAGGAACUACUUUUCACCUUGGACGGCGAGCACGAGUAUGCCUUGGACAGAACUACCAUUCGGGUCAACAACCUCCCAUUUGUCCUCUUCGGUGACUCAAGGAAUUUGAGUGCGCUCCUGCAGAAACACUUCACCUUCUUUCCCGUCGGUAUGUCAGACCUCCAUUCUUCCCCGCUCGGCAGGCACCGGCGCCGAGCACUCUCUGCGGACGGAGGAAUACUGAAAGAGUUUGGAAUGAUGACCUUCUUGAGACGGCUCGCGGGGAGGGCAGGACGGGCUCGACACGCCACCAACGUGCGGAUCAAUUGCCCGACUCAGACGCCGGAUGUGGAAAUCAACGCCGCACUGAGUUACGCAAAGUUGAGAUUUCCGACAUCUGAGGCCGGUCAAGAUUCGCCGGCCGCAUCGCCAGAACCGGUUUCUGAGCACAGCCUAAGAGAAGUUCCUUCAAAGGAGAGUUCCCCGGAUGCACUGCGCCAGAUGUGCGCGGAAUCUGCAACACGCCUGUUCCUGAACCAGCAGACAACAGCGGGCUUCAGACAAAUGGUUCGCAAAGAAAUAUUCGGCGUGCCUGAAUCAGUGUGCGCUCCAAUCAACUCUCCCGGAUUCGUCGCUCUAAGCCGACUCGUUGACGAGUUUGUCAAUGGAGGCGUGACGGAGGAGCAGUUUCCCAAAGCUCUCCAAGCAGGCGUCGACCUCCUCAUCAACGAGCAUCCCUCGCUGCUCGCUGCGUCCGCGGUCCUGCAUCGUGAGAGUGUCCAAAAAGAAAGCGUCAGUCCAGAAGGCGCAGAAGCAGCGGCGCGCUCGAACGUGCUGCCGAGUCAGCGGGAACGAGGGACAGCUGGUUCGCACACUGACUCUGCUGGCUCGUCGCGGAGAGGUGCGGACAGAUUCGCGGGCCCUGCAAGGUCCAGAAGCGCAUCACUACUUGAGUCAGCUGGUUCACUCAGCUCAGAUCAGGGGGGCGUAGGCAGGGAAGAGGGGGACAAGGGGGAGGGCUUAUCGAUCACAAGGAGGGAUUCCACCGACUCGCGGAUAGACGCUCGAGCACCAGCUGAAACAUCGACUGAUUUCGAAGACGAUGUGCUCCGAGAGGUCGACCUUGAGCAUCUUCUGGAGCUGAAACAGCAUGUGGCGAGCAUUGCCCAACUGAACAGCUUCACUCGGACAGUGAGAGCGCAAGCUUUUGAAAACCUCCUGUUUCAGUACGUUCAAGAGCUCCUGCCUUUUUAUUUACGGAACGUCGCCGUUCGCAGCCGGUCAUCCCGCCACUUUACCGCCAUUUUGGCGAUCGCCCGCGUCGCGUUUCGCUACGAACCUCUGCGGCUGGUUGAGCAUAUACGCGACCGGGUGCUGAGCGUCCACAUACGGGAAUACAUGGCCGAUGAAGCAGAGCUGGAAGAGACUGCGCAAAAGCUCAAGAGCACUCCGAACCAGCCAGACGGUGACCUCCCGUCGGGUGCAGCGGAUCCCGCUGAGAGACGAGACGCCCGGGAGUUUAUUCUGGCUCUCGUUGUCCAGGUUUUUUCGGAGAAUCUUGCAGACAUUAUGCAUGGUAGGGGCCGCCGAACCUGCGCUGGAGCUGCCGCCAGUUUCAGCUGCGCCGUCUCUCUGAUGUUGCAGUCUUUCCAAAUGCUUAUGCUGUGCUUCGUCGGUUCUUCAGAUGCCUUCAUGAGCGGAAGAUCGUUUGGGCAAAUUGAAGGUAUAGUGAGGGCUGAGUUCCUCCGCGCGCACGGCGCCGUACUCAGAGCAAUAACCAAAAUAAAACGAACUCGAGGCCGAAGAACCGAAGGGCCACGGAAAUUGCCCGACGUCAUGACUGCGCAUUUGAGGCGGAGAUUUGGCGCCCAGCGAGGCAAAAAUGAGACGAGUGGGGUCGUCACUCGCAACAUAACCGAGAAGAUCGAAGAAAAGAUUGAAGAAUUCAUUGCGCUGAGGGUUGCCCCGAACCAGGGUGAGGCCUCACAAAUGGGACAGAAGACGUUACAACGGGGCGUACAUGCGCAACAGAGCAAAUCGGGCAGUCGCAUGUUUUCCUUCGAGGAGACCAUUGAAUUCCUCGAAGAGGCGGUGAAAAUUGUGCGCAAAGCAUCGCAAGCCAAUACCGCCAAAAUUGUCAGAGCACUCCGGUGGGCGUACUGGAAGGAAGACAACUUCAGCUGCUUGGACCGGUCUCCAGCGAGAACCCAUCAGCUAGUGGCCGACUUGACCGCGGCGUUCGCUGCCAUCCUCGCUUCAAAAAUUCCGGUGUUCACAAAAUUUUGGGCACGCGUGCGCUCAAGGCUCGGCCUUGUUCCCAGAGGGGAAAAACUCCGAGCGCAGCGGCUUGCUGAUGAGCUUCUCAGCCGCCUUCAUGGUUUGCAUCAAGCGGGGAUUGAUGGCGUUUACGCGACCAUUGAUCUUCGGUACGGCUACAAGAACGUCGAGGCGCAGCAACCGCCGCUCCUGCGUUCGUUUGGUUCAGGCGUCGCUGCACUGCAGGAGAUCCACUCAUGA